UACUCACAAGGACCCGGGCGCGAGGGUACAUUCAGCGGAAUUCAUACGGAUCUAGCGUUCCCUAAAGAGCAAGUCUGCUUAAGAUAAAUAAGGUGUUACUCCUGAUUAUGAAACGAUGGAUGAUUGAUAAAUCGACAAAUAAAUAUUGACAUUUCACUGAAGUCACUCAUCGCUCGUGGAAGCUUUGUUUCUAUUUUUUCAGUUCUUUAUUUUAUUUUAUUGUUUUCUUGUCAGUGGAACUCCUGUUAUCUUGGAUUUUUAUUUUAUUUUCCUACUCUUGCUGGAGUCCAGAAAUUUCAGCCGACGCUCAACUGUCAUAAACUAAACUAAGGAUUUGUUUUUAACUUGCUGAAAUAUAUUUUCUUACUUUAAAAAGUUGUAUUUGGGAUGUUGAGCUCAGUGAAGAUGGAGUCACAUGAACUGCCAGAGUGGAAUGCCUUCUACAGCGAAGCCAGUGAGAUGUAUUCUUCGCCCAGUGUUAUGAACUCAAUGAGCUCAAUGAGUACCAUCAACAGCUACAUCAAUCUGAACCCAGCUGGUUCCGCAGCCACCAUGAACAUGGGCUACAGUAGCUCGGGACUCAACAGUCAAUUAGCCUCCAUGGGCGGAGGGGCUAAUCACAUGAGCCUGUCCCCAGUGACAUCUUCUCUCAACCCCAACCCUCUCUCUCAGCUGGGCUCCCCGGCCUCGUCCUUGGGCUCGCUCUCCCACUACCAGAACAUGGGCCAACCAAUGAGUCAGCUGAGCUACCCCUCUCCCACCUCCCUCAACCGGGCCAAGGAGGUGCCCAAACCCUACCGUCGCUCGCUGACUCACGCCAAGCCACCGUACUCCUACAUCUCCCUCAUCACCAUGGCGAUCCAGCAGUCCGGUAGCAAGAUGCUCACCCUCAACGAGAUCUACCAGUGGAUCAUGGACCUGUUCCCUUACUACCGCGAGAACCAGCAGCGCUGGCAGAACUCCAUCCGCCACUCGCUGUCCUUCAACGACUGCUUCGUCAAGGUGGCCCGCUCGCCUGACAAGCCCGGCAAGGGUUCCUACUGGGCCCUGCACCCUAACUCAGGCAACAUGUUUGAGAACGGCUGCUACCUGCGCCGCCAGAAGCGCUUCAAGAUCGACCAAGAGAAGGCCGGGAAGAAGGCCGGGAAGUCCCAGGAGGGAGGCUCAGUGAAGGGCGGCCAUGGGGACGGCCUGAUGGAGGAGCACAGCCCAGCGGGAGGCUCGGAGGGCGCCGACUCUGCCCACUCUGACAACUCCCACCCUGGGUCGUCAACGGAGGAGCAGCAGAGGAGCAUGGUCCAGCUGGACUGCCCCCCACAGCCCCAGUCCCACAUCCAGAGCAGCCCCGUGGCCAUCCCCUCCUCUGUGCCCUCCUCCAUCUCCUCCUCCUCCCCUCUCUUGCACUCCCAGGCCAUGGGAGGCGGCACCCACCUCCUGCCUGGCACCAUGCACCAUCUGGACCUUCAAAAUGACGCGCUCAAGUCUAUGGAUCCCCACUACAAUUUUAAUCACCCCUUCUCCAUCACCAACCUCAUGUCCAACGAGCAGAAGAUGGACCUGAAGUCCUACCAGGACCAGGUGAUGGCCUACAAUGGUUAUGCCACCUCCUCUCCGGUGGCAGCCAAACAGAUCUACGACAGUGCAGGACCCUCUGCGAUGGACUCCGGGGCCUACUAUCAAACCCUCUACAGCCGAUCGGUCCUCAACGCCUCCUAACAUGGAGGCCAUCUGGACCACAGCCCAGUGGUCCUGACAAGGACUUGUAGCAGUCUUGACAUCCCAAAAUGUAAAAUGGCUGCCCACAAGGGACCAAAUAACACUGAGCAGUGCUGAAUACACAGUUGGUCUGGGAAAGCCUGUGGUUACAUGAGGUGGAAGACAAAGAUAAUACCCAACACUAUACAGAGGCAGCCGCGAACCAAAAGGACGUUCAACUGAAGCGUUCAGAAAUUCACAUAGAAGUAACGUCCAUCCUUCGCCAUUCAUCGCAUAUUCAUCAGGUUUUAAGAUUACUUCAAACUGGGUUUUGGUUUGUUGAGGCCAGCAGGACUUCUUUGGUUGUACAGAUUGUAAAUAGACGGAGCAGGGGAAAGGCGAUGUGGAUUUAUUUAUGAAGGGAAUACAUUUAAUAUAUCUUGUAUAGUGUCGUAUUGACAAGUUACAAAACAAAUGUGACAAUUUGAGAGAUUGUGGGGAGUGAGAAGAGGUUCAGGUUACUGCAUUACAGGGGACUCUUGUUAUGUUUCACCACAUGACACUGCGUUCCAAUCUUUAAGCUGUUUUUAUCUGUUCAAAUGUACAUCCAUACACAAAUGGUGGAAGGCUGUUUUUUUAUUUAUAUGAGAGCCAUAUCUUAUAUAAUUUCUUUGCAGGAAUCCAUUUAAACUAAGUCUUUUAAAUAGAAAGGAAACUGUGGUAAACCUUGUUUCAGGUUUGUUUGUUUUAAAACAUGUUUUUUCAGAAGGCCCUUUUAUUAUUAAUAAUCCAAAUAAGAUGUUUUGGAAUUGCUUCAUAUAAUAUUACAAAACACGCCAAACUUCGGGGGUGGGGAGGGGGGCUAUGGUAUGUCAGUUACUAAGAUAGGAGUGGAAUGGAAAUGCACUAAGAGGCCCAUUUACAUACAGUAGUUUGCACUAGAGUUCCCACCAUUUUGCACAGCUGGGGUGGCCCAAAUAGUGUGUGUUACGACAAUACUUUGUAAUGACCUUUUUUUACUGCAAAUGGCAAACUAGAAUUGGAUCACUGUAACAAUGUCUAUACGCAACAUUGAGCUUUAUGUUGCAAGCCACAAAAGUGCCUUUGAAGUCAUUUUGACACAGCAGAACCAAUAACUGAAUAUUCACAGAAGGAACACUUUCAGAGUUUCAGGUCAGAAAUACUGUUCUUAUUUUCUUGUAUUUUAGUUUUAAAAAGACAUGUUAUUUAAACUAUGUUGCUUUUCAGACUUGGAAAAGUGUGUUAAUAUAUAUAUAUAUAUACUGUAUAUUCUAUUGUAAGGUUGUUGCUUAUGGUUUGAAUGUUGUGAUUUGAAUUAUUCAUGUUUUUUCUUAUUAAAAAACAAAAAAAACU